AUGGACGCUAAUACUUCUUCUUCUUCUGCCGCUUUGGCUCCCGAGAAUGAUGCUCUUGUUGGAAAGACGUAUCCAACAGACGCCGAGUUGGCGUUUUUCGACAAUUUCGCCACUGUUGUUGAUGGAUCUGAUCUGGUCCGAUCAACGACUGAAACUCUGAAACUCCCCCCGACACGUAUCAAGUUGAAAAACUUGGACAAACUACCAACAUCCAACACGUUGGAUACAACGCGAUUCUGGUUAAACCUUCGACACCCCGGAUACGAAAAAGCUCCAACUGGAUUCUGGAUGCCACAUCGGACAUAUGAUAAGUUAAAUGGCCACACACAGAUGAACGAGAUCGCCAGACAUUCGCAAUCAAACCGAAACCUCGGAUUGGACGAGACGCUCAUUCUCUCAAUGCGAAUUUUUACAAAGGACAAGAAAGCAUUGCCUGGUCGUGGUCACCGAGUUCCCGAGGAAAUACGCAAAAUGUUUGGUCUCCAUCACGGUCACAAUGUUGUAGGAGACUCGCAUUGUCUUCCAAAAGCUCUAGCAAUGGGAAAGCUAUGGAGCGAUAUGCAUAGCUGUAGCGACCCUAGCGAGAAGAAGACAAUGGCCAGCAAACUACAAAAAGUCAUGAGAAAAACCGGAAAGACAUUCGACGGUAGAUGUAGAAUCCAAAUGGAGCGUGCAAUGGACCUAUUAGAAGAAGCUGGUAUGGAUAUUGACCAAGAAGAGCACACCCUCGAGGAUUUGGAGCAGUUGGCAGAGUACCUAGAUGAAUACCACAUUUGUGUUUGGGAGGUGCCACCCCAUUUUCCAUUUCCAGUGGUCAGAGAGGAAUUCAACAAGGGAGCAGAGAAUUUUAUCCCCCUCUUCUACCACAAUGGUCAUUAUGAUCACUUUCACCCAUCGGUCGAGAAUGUCCAAGCUCGUUUCUGCUUCCGUUGCCACAAAGUUGUCGGUGCGAACCAUGCUAGAACAUGCGAAACCAAAUGUCGAAGAUGUGGAGAAACGAAUGUGAACCAGAAGGAGUCUCAAUUUGGUGUGAAAACUAGGCGUUUAAAAUGGAUAAUGCGUACGCAUUGA